UAGACUUUUUUUCUUUUGGCCUCUAAAAUCUGCCUUCUACUUUUAUCCUGUGACCUCACAACAUACUGUAAUGAUUACGAUCUCUUAGUCAUGCUCUUGGGAAAUGCGCUAUUAUCUCAUUGUGAGACAACCAGGGGUUUUUAAGUGAUUCCAUUCUAAGAAGGUACUUGGGAAGUGAAGAAACACCAGCUCUGUCUGCUGCUUUGGGUGAAUCUGAGACCAGAAGUGCCACUGUUACUCGUUGGACUCCAGCCUCAGACUGCUUCCAGGGAGGAGGUGGUUAACCUCUAGGAAGCUACUUGAGCUUGACUUCAGGAACUGGGUGGUGGCCGCGAACUGGGAGUGACGCUUCUGUGGCUGGAGGCUGAUUGGUCCAGGAGUGUGGCCAACGAGUUCCCUGUCGGUCCAGGAAGCAGCUCUGAGCUGUCCCGGUGGCUGGACAGCUCACAGGUAUUCCUGCCCCACCCUGCCCUGCCUCCCAGGGAGUCUUUGCUCUGAGUUCUCCUUUGAAGAACAAAACCCAGCAACCUUCAGGGUCCUACUGUGACAGAAAAGAUGGUCCUUAAAACCAAAGAAGACGAUGUUCCCAGUGACCUGACUGCAGAGGAGCGCCAGGAGCUGGAGAACAUUCGGCGGAGGAAGCAGGAGCUGCUGGCUGACAUCCAGAGGCUGAAGGAUGAGAUAGCAGAAGUAGCUAAUGAAAUUGAAAACCUGGGGUCCACAGAAGAGAGGAAAAACAUGCAGAGGAACAAACAGGUAGCCAUGGGCAGGAAAAAAUUCAACAUGGAUCCUAAAAAAGGGAUCCAAUUCUUAAUAGAGAAUGAUCUGCUGAAGAACACUUGCGAAGACAUCGCCCAGUUCUUGUAUAAAGGUGAAGGGCUCAACAAAACAGCCAUCGGUGACUACCUGGGGGAGAGAGAUGAGUUUAACAUCCAGGUUCUUCAUGCGUUUGUGGAGCUACAUGAGUUCACUGAUCUCAACCUCGUCCAGGCCUUACGGCAGUUCCUGUGGAGCUUCCGGCUGCCGGGAGAGGCCCAGAAGAUUGACCGGAUGAUGGAGGCGUUUGCCCAGCGCUACUGUCAGUGCAACCACGGGGUGUUCCAGUCCACAGACACGUGUUAUGUCCUCUCAUUUGCCAUCAUCAUGUUGAACACCAGCCUGCAUAACCCCAAUGUCAAAGACAAGCCCACCGUGGAGAGGUUCAUUGCCAUGAAUCGAGGCAUCAACGACGGGGGAGACCUGCCCGAGGAGCUGCUCCGGAAUCUGUACGAGAGCAUAAAAAACGAACCCUUUAAAAUCCCAGAAGAUGAUGGGAAUGACCUUACUCACACUUUCUUCAACCCAGACCGAGAAGGCUGGCUAUUGAAGCUCGGUGGCAGGGUAAAGACUUGGAAAAGACGCUGGUUCAUUCUGACUGACAACUGCCUUUACUACUUUGAAUACACGACGGAUAAGGAGCCCCGUGGAAUUAUCCCAUUAGAGAACCUGAGUAUCCGGGAGGUGGAAGACUCCAAAAAACCAAACUGCUUUGAGCUUUACAUCCCCGACAAUAAAGACCAAGUGAUUAAGGCCUGUAAGACAGAGGCUGACGGGCGAGUGGUGGAGGGGAACCACACGGUGUACCGCAUCUCAGCCCCAACACCUGAGGAGAAGGAAGACUGGAUCAAGUGCAUCAAGGCAGCCAUCAGCAGGGACCCUUUCUACGAGAUGCUAGCUGCACGGAAGAAGAAGGUCUCUUCCACGAAAAGACACUGAGUCUACGCAGCCAGCAGGGCUGGUGUGCCCGGCGAGUGAGGCCCAGCGAGUGAGGCCCGGUGCAGCCUCCCUGCCUCCCGUGCAGUGGGAGCGUCUUGCCAGGCAUUGCCCUGAGUUCCUAGAGACUAGCUUCAGCUUUUGCUAACUUUUUUAAGUGGGAGAAGGGUAGGCAGUUACCCUUGGAGAAGGGGGCCUGAUGCCUUCACACUUGGGUUUUGAGCCUUUCUCUCUAAAAAGAACAGAGCUCCUGUCGGCCACGCUGCCUCCCCGCAAGUCUCCACUCAACAGGUCUGAUAGCAGAGCUUGGAGCCGACCAUUACCUCUCGGUUAUUCCCUGGGAAGAAGCCUUCAACCCUGCACCAUAAAUACGUGUACCCAUAUCUUAUUUUAUGUUAAGAAAAAAAGUGGAAUGGAAGAGAAGCCACAUGCUAUAAAGAUAUAUUUUUGUUUUUUAAAGAAAGAGAAAGAGAAGGUAGAGCUGUCCAGGCAUUCUGCCUGUCUGCUUCGGGAAGCUUCUCCCGAGAGAAGAAGCUCCCUGGGCCGCCGCUGUGCAUGUCAGCCCGGGCAGGGGCAGGGGCCAGGUGGGCCCCCUCCUCACGCUUCUGGGGCCUCGUCUGGGCGAGAGAGGGGGUGGCGAGAGGGUGGAGGGGGCCGCGCGGCGAGGACAGACUCGGGGCCUGCAGGGCAGCGCCGGCCACUCCAGCUGAUGCUUUUCCUUCCAGGUGCCUGGAGAGCACUGCGGGGAGAAGGGAGCCCGCCCCCCGCCUGCGCUGUUCCUUCUCUUUCAGGACUCGUUCUUGUCGGGCUUUAAGAUAGUCAGCAUCUUUCCUUGAGCUACAUACCUAAUAACCAAAACUGUGAGGAAGGUAGUCCCAUCAGAGAUUCUGGGAUAACCUGUUUCUUAUUUGGUUUUUCUUCCUCCUGCCCCUGAACUCCAUUCCUCGUUUUAGAGGAAGGAGCAGGUCUGACCCGAUCACCUUAGGGCUUCAGCCUUUUCUGCCUCCGAACUGGCCUUCACCUGGACUCGCCGUGCGUGUGGCGCUGGCCCUUGGGGAGGAGCGGGCCUUCAUCUGCGCGGCAGGGGCGGGUGGGGGGAGCCGGAGGGUGAGUGGUCGGCCUCCCGCUGGAGUCGGCCUUGCCCUCCUAACGCGUGGCCUGAAGGAGCCGUGGCCGCCGCUCUCCUGCUGUUCUCUCAGGGACUCUCGUCCGGGGCCCGGCGCCCGGUCCAGGCAGAGCAGGGCUGGCCGGGCCAUUGCAGUGCCAGUGUGACCCUGGCUCCUCUGACACCUUCCGGGCGGGCUCACAUCUCUGGAAAUAGCUUUUGUAAAGGGGAGUGGUGGGGUCACUUUCUGGGGUCCCCCCUUCAUGUAGGUCCUACCUGGAGUGGCUUCAGGCGUUUUAAUGCCAGAGCUCGUGAAGGUGGCAGAAGAGGGUCCAGGCUGGGAACCUGAAAUUUCUGGGCGGGAGAACCAGGGGGUCUGGGUCGGUGCUGGAGCCCCUCUGGCUGUCUGAGUCCCUGGCCCUGGUUCUCACGAAUAUUACCUAGACAGAGAGGCACCUGGAUCAGUAUUAGUCUAUUUAUCAGAGGUGUAAAUAAUCCAUGUAUAGUUUUUCUCCUUUUAGAUUAUUUUGUAUUUGUUUUAAAAAAAAGUUUUGUCAAAAUAUAAAGAAAUGACUGAAAGUUGUUGACAGGGUUUUUAAAAAAAUUAUAAUUAUUCCAAUCGGUUUUUGUUUGUCUGUUUUUUUUGCAUUGUAAACUAGCGCCAAGGAACUGCAGCAAAUAAACUCCACAUCUGCCCAAACCACUUUGUUGCCUGUGGCGUUGCUUCAUGCCCACAUGGGCCCUGAGAAGGAAGGUCGUGCUUGUCAGGUGCACUUCCGCGGGAGGAUGUGUCACUUGAACCUCUCGUCUUAAGUCUAGUGAUGAUAAAGAUCGGAAGUGGCGAGGAUGGUUGUGUCUUCUGUUAAGGAGAGCGGAGCAAAAAUGAUCGUUAGCAUAGUCAUUCCCCCCCCCCCCCCCCCGCCCUUUUUGGAAGAAGAAACAAAUGUCAGGCAUCAACUUCAAAUUAAGAUCAAGAAAUGGGCCUUCAGCCUUUAUAAUACAUUCUUAGUAUUAUUUCAUUUUCCAGAUGUGCCUACAUAACGCCAGGGAAGAGUCACAGUGAGGUAGAGCUCAAAAGUUGAGAAGACAUUCAGCAUAGCAUCUCAGGGGAAACUUUGAUCCUCCACAUGCCGUGCAUGAAAUCCAUUUGGGGUCCAGAGCAAGGGGCCAGCUGACUCACCCCCUCACUCCAAGCUGGUGGACAGCGGCGCCAAGUGCACAGACUUCUACUCAAAACGUGAUGCAUGGAUGUGCCCAGCAGCUGCGCCUUCGUACUGCAGAACGUCAGAGCCCUCCCCGAAGGCAUCAAAGAGAUGCUUUGCUGGAAAGGGAAACGCUCUGAGCAGAGGAUCACGUGCAAGCGAUACAUGCUGCUCCUGCAGGAAGUGCUCUGCUGUAUCUUUUCUUUCAUAUGUUAUUCGGGUGUUGGCACAGCAAGGAAAGUACGGGGCCAGCCGCCACUUCAGGCUACUUGACACCGUGGACUCUGCCUUGCGGUUCCUGGGGAGGCCAUUGUCUCACGUUACAGGACCACUAUCUCCUCGCUGCAUGGUCUUGGCCCCAGCAUAGACGAGCCACAAGCAGCUCUGUGGUCAAGUCUGUGCUGUGAAGUGUCUCUUUCUCUCCUUUCCAGCCGAGGGUUCUGCUAGAUUUUCAUGGUUUAGAUCAACUCCAGCUUCUACCUGGAGCGAGCUGUUUCCUAACCUGGUUAAAACAAGUGGGCUGCUAUGUGUGACUCGCUGCAGAGAAGACAGUAGAAAACCUCGGCCCUGUUAGCCACGGACGGUCAUGUGACUUGGGUACCAGAACUCGUGUCCUGUACCAAGAGGGACGAGAGUGACUGCAGCCAGGCUAGCCUCAUCCUCCUCCAUCUAACCCUCCUCUUGGUUCGCCGCUUGCAUCGCACGAAAUCUACUUUCUACUCUGGAUUAGAUCUUCACACCAAUUCAGUUGAAACACAUCUGUUUAUGUUUCCUACGGGUUCAGAAUUCUGCUUAGCAUCCUCCUGACAAGCGUCCUUAGUGAUUAUCAUACACAGUCUCCUCCGAUCUUUAUGCUCUUAAGCAAGACGUAAUUACAGUUUAUUGAGCACCUGUGUCCUGGGCCUUUUCCUUCGUUUCUCCACUAUCCCCGACUACCACCUAAAAAACUAGCAUCCUGCCAGAUGUUAACAGGUGCUCCUGAGUGUUACGCAAACAGGUUUAGGACAUGCCGGUUUGGGCCACGUGGCCAGCGUCCUUUCCUGCAGCCUCUCCGUAUCUGCAGGUGUCCAAAGCACGCAGCGUCUCCUGGACCUUGUGCAUGGCGCUCCCUUGCAGGUGGCAUCUCAGGAGAAGCCAGCGUUCGUUGGGCCGGCGCUACCCUUAUCUGGUCCAUUCACCUUUCUCUGAUGACCUGGGUAGGCCCGGCCCUUCCUGACUUCAAGGCUGUCACUGCCUCUCUGGCCAGCUCCACUUUCUUUGGGAUUCUGGCCCUGCUCGCCUCCUAGUUUGGGCUCUUUCUUGCACCUUUCCUGGUUAUUUCUUCCUUCCAGCCUCUGGGUUCUUACUUCUCAUGGACCGUCUGUCUCCUGCCUCCUGGCCCUGCAAGUCACUCUGCCUUCCACUUGGAAGUUCCUCCACCUGCAUCUUCCUGGGAUGCUUCUUCUCAUCCCUAAGAUCCCCGCUGGGCAACCCCUACCACCAGGAGCCUUCCCAACCCUCACCCCCCAUUCCCCGCCAGCCCCCUGGUCUCUCCGCAUCAUGAUUCACAUCAUGCUGACUCUUUCUUUUCUGUUUGGAAAGGAACGCUCUUAAUGGUGCAGCCUGCCGAGUUUCACAGGAUGACCCUGAAUUUUAACUUCUCAGCGGUUUGUCUCUCAGCCUAGGCAAGAUCCACGGGAGCUUUCCUCACUUCGUGCUCACAGAACAACCCACGGGAAUCGGGGAGGGGAGCGCUGCUUGGCCUUACACCAGCUCGGUGAACGCAGACUGGCUCAGUCCCAGGCCAGCACCAAAGACCCUUCUGGAAGCUCUGCGGGGGCUUCUCCCAUUGUUCGUGGCUUGAUUUUACGUGGGGGCCGUCCGCCUCUUAGGCCUUGAUCUCAAAGGGCCCUUUUACUGGGGACUGAGGGCCAGAGAGGACGGGUAUUGACCCAAACGCUCUCCCAGUUUAAUGAAAACGUCUGGAUUCAGGGCCCAAUUCUGAUACCCAGUCUGGCCCCCCGUGACCAUAGCCCUGCCUCGUUAGGGUGAGGCCCACGGGGCAGGAGUGUUCUGAGUGGCCUCUCCACAAAGCCGCUGGGGCCCCGUGAACACAGGUAGCUUCGCCGAGCCUGGUUCUGUCCUGUGGGGUUUAGGGACGAGCCCCACAGAACCGCUUGUUCGUGACUCUGAGCAAAGUGAAGUCGGGGUCUCCGGGAACCGCUGUGUGAUUUGCCCUUCAUCUUGGCUGCCAGGAAGCCCAGAGAAAGGGGCACACUUCCUCAUGUGACUUGUUAAUCCUGCUUUGCGCUUUUAUUUUUGUUAAUAGACUUAUUUUCUUAGAACAGUUUUAGGUUUACAAUAAAUUGAGGGGUUGGCCCAAGGAUUUCCCAUAACCCCUGCGCCUACACCUGCAUAGCCUCCCCCGUUAUCAACAUCCGCCACCAGAGCUCGGGGGGUAACCGACGAACCUACAUCGACACAUCAUCACCCAGAGUCCGCAGUGUACAUUAGGGUUCACUCUUGGUGUUUUACGUUCUAUGGCUUUGGAUAAAUGUGUAAUGUCAUGUAUCCGCCAUUAUAGUAUCAUGCAGAGAGGUUUCACUUCCCUAAAAAUCCUCUGUUUUCUGUCUAUUCACCACCACUUCCCCCCAACCCCUGGCCACCCCUGAUCUUUCUGCCACUGCCUACUGUCUCCAUAGCUCUGCCUGUUCCAAAAUGUCACAGAGUUGGAAUCAUACAAUGUAUAGCCUGUACUUUCCACUUUUAAUCGUGUUUUGUUUUUUUCUUUAAUAAAUUUAUUUAUCUUUG